GCGGGGGCUCAAGAGCCUUGUCAGCAAUGGCACCCUGGUGCAGACCAAGGGCACCGGCGCUUCCGGUUCUUUCAAGCUGAACAAGAAGCCGGGUGAGACAAAGGAGAAGGCAACCAAGAAAAAGCCGGCAGCCAAGCCCAAGAAGCCAGCGGCCAAGAAGCCCGCCAGCGCUGCCAAGAAGCCCAAGAAGGCAGCAGCAGUGAAGAAGAGCCCCAAGAAAGCCAAGAAGCCGGCGGCUACCGCCGCUAAGAAAACAGACAAA